GCGUUAUAAUUGCUCGUGUGGAAGUUACGCUCAUCAUUCCCUCAGGUAUCACCAAACUAUCCUCUGCUUCCUUCCUUCCGGUUAGGCAAGUUCUUCCAAGUCUUAAAUCUUUCUUGUUUACUUGAUAAGCUAUGUCGAGGGCUCAGUUCUUGAGGGAGUAUAAGCUGGUUGUUGUCGGUGGGGGUGGUGUCGGUAAAUCUGCCCUCACCAUUCAAUUCAUUCAAAGUCACUUCGUCGACGAAUACGACCCCACAAUCGAGGACUCGUACCGCAAGCAAUGCGUCAUCGACGACGAGGUCGCAUUGCUCGACGUCCUUGACACGGCUGGUCAGGAGGAAUACGGAGCUAUGCGCGAGCAGUACAUGCGCACUGGUGAAGGCUUCCUCCUCGUUUACUCUAUCACCUCUCGCGAUUCUUUCGAGGAAAUUAGCACUUUCCAUCAGCAGAUUCUUCGUGUCAAGGAUCAAGAUUCGUUCCCUGUCAUCGUCGUGGCCAACAAGUGUGAUCUUGAGUAUGAGCGACAAGUUGGAAUGAAUGAGGGUCGUGACCUUGCAAAGCACUUCGGCUGCAAGUUCAUUGAAACAUCAGCUAAGCAACGCAUCAACGUUGAUGAGGCGUUCAGCAACCUCGUUCGUGAGAUAAGGAAGUACAACAAGGAGCAACAAACAGGCAGACCCGUGAUGGCCAACUCCGGUGGCGGCGGACCUGGUGUCUACAGUGGUAAAGGCGAUGCUAAUGAGGGUGACCAUGGCGGAUGCUGCGGUGGUUGUGUGGUCGUAUGAGAGCAUCUAUAUACCUGCCUUUCCUUUUGCUUCCGGACACACUUCUACACCUCGCGCUCCCUACUGGCUGACAUUUGGUAUGCCUGUCACUUGUAUGUCUUCUGCGGUUUUAUCAAUUCUCGGUAGGCCUAUCAGUUACGAUAAGUUGUAUGGGCCGUUGUAUAUGUAAUUUUAUGAUUAUGGAUAACAAUUCUUUAGAUGCUCAUGCAAAUUGUU